AUGAAGCUCCCUCGACUUAUUCGUCGUGGAUCCCAGCUACCGCUGAAAGAACAGGACAAAGCCUCUUCUCCGUUAUCAAAUAAGCCUCUCCCGCAGCCACAGAAAGACUGCCGUAUUCUGUGCAUUCUCCCCGGCCGCGCUUCAGAUCCUGUUAUUUGCACUACCAGUGUCAUCAGUUUGGCGGAGGCUGCAGGCAGAUAUGAUGCCUUGUCUUAUUGCUGGGGCUCAAAGAAUCGCACACGACCUAUUGUUUGUGAUAACGCACCGUUUAGCGUUACUCCGAAUCUGGAGUGUGCGCUGAAACGUCUCCGAGCACCCGAUAUAGCUCGAAACUUCUGGAUUGAUCAGCUGUGCAUAGACCAAGACAACCUCCGAGAGAAGGAGCAGCAACUGGGGUUGAUGGCUGGUAUUUAUCGGCGUUCGAGCAGGCUGCUGAUUUGGUUGGGCGACGACGAAGAUGACUCCCGCAAGGCUAAUAAGAUAAUUGACCGUCUGUUGAAGCUGGACCAGAUUGCGGGCCUUGGUAACAAAUACAGCAACGAUGAUGUGUCCCAGCAGACUAGAGGUAGCAUAGGCUUAGACCAACUUAAGUCUCACGGAUUGCCUGGCCCUAAGGACACAGGUUGGCUGGAAUUACGAUCUUUGCUCUCGCGACCAUGGUUCUCCCGAAUCUGGACCGUACAAGAAGCUGCAGUUGCUACUAAAACGGACAUUCUGUGGGGAAAGGAGUAUUCACUCUCCUGGCAAGGAAUGUUAUCCAUCAUGGUCUUAGUUCGCGAGCACUUACCGAGGACUUUGCUAGGAUCGGACAUCUUUUUCCGGGGAUUGCCAGCAGACUCAGUCUACCGCAUUGCUGCAACUAUGCGGACGCUAGAAGAUGGCACUCAUCAUGAUCUCUUCAAUCUGGCACUGACAUACAAGGCCUAUGGCGCAGCAAAACCGCAGGACAAGCUCUACGCAUUGCUCAAUAUUUCCAAUUCAUCGCAGACCGCAGACUAUGAGAAGUCUGCAGAGACUACUUUUCACGAGAUGGCAUACCAGACUAUCAAUAAAGUCUAUCAAGAGAUUGCCAGACGCCCGGAAGAGCUGUCACAGCAGCAAUGGCACCCAUAUCCAGAUAUUUUACAAGGGCCUCAUCUGAGAAUGGUUGCAUUGAUUUGUGCAGCAGGAAUUGCUAAUCAGCAAAUUUCUCUGCCUUCUUGGGUGCCAGACUGGACCUUCGAUUCAUUCCCUGCGCCAAUAUGGACGCGGAAAACCUGUCAUAGGAUCCCAGCAUCUGCCAAUACCUUUGAUUGGCCCGGUGCUCGUCCAACAAACCUUACCUUGGAGCGGUCGACCAUCGUCAGUUCCAACUUGGCUGAAAUGCAAUGGUCAGCGGAAGGUGGAACAUUGAUAGGGUCUGCAACUUUGCCAGGUACUAUCCAGAUAAAAGGCCUUAUCUGUGAUGUAAUCAGCAGGCGUGGUUUCGCAAAAGUCGAUAUUGGGAAGCCACUGGAACACGAAGAGCAACAAAAGGCACUGAUGGAAUGGCUUCUCGAAGCUGAUGACAUGGCCGAUCUCGGAAUAGAAGCUUCCUACGGUGGAGGUGCAGACGCCGAACUCUUCAGACGAGCUCUUCUCUUUGACGAAUCAAUGCUUCAAGCUCCAGAAAUUGAGAGACCAGAGCUCUUGAAAACACUACGUUUUGCUAAACAUCCAAGAUUCGCCAGCACGAUGAAGCGCAAAUUACAACCCUGGGAUUAUCUCCAAGCCAUUCAGAACAUUCCUGGCCGAACCUUCUUCGUGACCCAAGGCGGUCGUAUGGGACUUGCACCUCACAGCACGCAUAUGUACGACAAACUAUGCGUUCUCCCAGGGUUUGAAGUACCGCUGGUACUCCGUCCAGAUGGGAACGAGUUUCGACUCGUUGGGGAAUGUUACGCUGGCAAUGAUGAUAUGAUGCCAGGUGGUUCUGAAUACUCUCGGAUGACACCAGAAUGGAUCUCGAUCAAAUGA